AUGCUGCUGCUCAGCCUGACCCUAAGCCUGGUUCUCCUCGGUUCCUCCUGGGGAGGCAUAGGAAGCAGGUCCUCAUUAGCCCAAUGGCCAGGCUGCAGUGUUCCUGCCAUCAAACCAGCCCUGAGCUUCAGCCAGAGGAUUGUCAACGGGGAGAAUGCAGUGCCAGGUUCCUGGCCCUGGCAGGUGUCCCUGCAGGACAGCAGCGGCUUCCACUUCUGCGGUGGUUCUCUCAUCAGCCAGUCCUGGGUGGUCACUGCUGCCCACUGCAAUGUCAGCCCUGGCCGCCACUUUGUUGUCCUGGGCGAGCAUGACCUAUCGUCGAACGCUGAGCCCUUGCAGGUUCUGUCCAUCUCUCGGGCCAUUACACACCCUAGCUGGAACCCUAUCCCCAUGAACAAUGAUGUGACGCUGCUGAAGCUCGCCUCACCAGCCCAGUACACAACACGCAUCUCGCCAGUUUGCCUGGCAUCCUCAAACGAGGCUCUGACUGAAGGCCUCACAUGUGUCACCACUGGCUGGGGUCGCCUCAGUGGCGUGGGCAAUGUGACACCAGCACGUCUGCAGCAGGUGGCUUUGCCCCUGGUCACUGUGAAUCAGUGCCAGCAGUACUGGGGCUCAGAUAUCACUGACUCCAUGAUCUGUGCAGGUGGAGGUGCUUCCUCGUGCCAGGGUGACUCCGGAGGCCCUGUCUGCCAGAAGGGAAACACGGGGGUGCUUAUUGGUACUCUCUCCUGGGGUACCAAAAACUGCAAUGUGCGCGCACCUGCCAUGUAUACUCGAGUUAGCAAGUUCAGCGCCUGGAUCAACCAGGUCAUUGCCUACAACUGAGCCCACCACAGGCCCCUCCCCAGCUCAACCCAUUAAAGACCCAGGCCCUGUCCCAUCAUGCAUUUGUGUCUGUCUUCCUGGCUCAGGAGAAAGCAGAGGCUGUUGAGGGUUCGACUCCCUACUUGGACUUCUGGCAUGGACGGGGCUGAGUGGCUCCUUGAGUAGCAGUGGCUCUUCCUAGAGUAAUCAUGCCCAGGCCGGGGACCCCACCCCUCCUCCAGGGCAACCCCUUGGUCCUACAGCAAGAAGCCAGAGCUGCUGGAAUGAAUGGCAGCCCUCCCUGGAGAGGCAGCCUGUUUACUGAAUACAGAGGAUACGUUUACAAACUGAAUACGCAUAAUAAAUAACUGCACAUUCUCCA